GACAUCGCUCGCGGGCCUAGUACGAUUGUGAUGGCACGGAUCGCUGACCACCCUGUCAUCGUGCCAGCAACCCUGGCCCCACGCGGCGGUCCAGUAAGAAUUUAUCUAAUGGUAACCCGAGUCGAUAAGAACGCAUCAUGUGUAUAGUAUGCGGUUAACCUAGUUCCCCGAGUAAAAGUAGUAGAAAUCGGCCGGUUAGUUAAUUGUUACGUUGUAUCCGGUCGAUUAUAAAUGCCGGUUCGCGGUCCACUUAUCACGGACUCUUCCCCGUCUAUAAAAUGAAGUCGUCUUGGUGAGUUGUGUCUUGCCUCCAAUCUGUUCCUAACUACCGUGAUUACAGGACAGAUAGUUGAACGCGAUGACUCUGAAACUUGGAUAAAGACAUGACGAUUCUUCUGGGCGUCAAAAAUUGUCAAAUCAAUCAUUGAUCCAAGCUGGUGUUGAAUCAACAAGAUGCGUGUCGCUUCGAAUAUUGCCAUAUCCCUCCUAAACGCCGCCGCUAGACCAGCCAUUGCCAUGUUUUAUUAUCCCAACCCAGCGGCAUCAGCUCUGGAACAUAUUCUCGUUGAUAACUGGGGCGCGUACGCAUCCAACUUCUCGUCGGCCAUCACGCCUUGCGACAACUAUGUGACGGAGGUGGGCCUGCCAGCGAUCAACUCCCGCAGAACGACGUCGGCGCAAUGGUUGCGCGUUGCCUUUCAUGAUUUUGCCACGGCUGAUAUUGCUGCUGGGACUGGUGGGUUGGACGCCAGCAUUGGGUUCGAGACUGGUCGCGAAGAGAACUCGGGCUCUGCGUUUAACGACAGUUUCACAUUCUGGAAGCCCUUCGUUAACGAGUUCGUUCCUAUGGCCGACCUGUUAGCUAUUGGCACGGUGAUGUCGGUGCACCUCUGUGGAGGAAAGUACAUACCCUACCAGUACGGCAGAGUAGAUGCGACGACAGCCGAUCCUAAGACAGGAGUACCGGAGCCGAGUACGAGCGUGGAAGAUACGCUUUCUCAAUUUAAGAAAGCAGGCUUCAAUCAGUCAGAUGCUAUUGCCUUGACUGCAUGCGGCCAUACAAUAGGAUCAGUACACUCCGGUGGAUUUCCGACCGUCGUAGAGGGGUCUGCGAUAACUCCAAACAAUACAAAUGGAGCAGUUAAUCUUGACGGUACCAGGGCAGUAUUCGAUUCAGCGGUAGUGCAUGAGUACAUCGACGGUACCGGGCAGAGAGGCGGCCCGCUUGUGACUAGCUUUAACGAGACGAGUAGAUCGGAUCUUCGACUGUAUGAGAGCGACAGAAACAAGACUAUGCUAGAGUUGUACGCACAGGGAGACGAAUUCCAAGACACCUGUGUCGAUCUGCUGGGACGGAUGCUUAACACUGUUCCAGCAGCCGUACAGCUCCAGCCAGCGAUCGAGCCGGCGCUCAUAAAACCAAUCAAUGUGACUUGGGAUAUCACGAGCGACAAUAAGUUGGUUCUCACCGGGAAAAUCAGGGUGCUAUACACCGGAGCAGUAUCGGACGAUCCAAUCUCGAUCACCUUCUCGAACGGUUAUACGGAGACUUUAGUUCCCGAAGAAAAUUUAGGCAUCUCUGCGUUCAAGCUGUCCAAUAGUCAAACGAACGCCACGACUCAAUACUCCCACUUCUCGAUUUCGAGUGGUAAUGUAUCGGGGGCGUCGUCGUUUGCCGUUGUAGCGAUGGGAAUCGAGACCCAAGUAUUCCAGAUCCAGGAUAAGGCUUUCGUAGUUCCAAGCUUAACCCAGGUAGCAGACAGGACAGUGUCUAUCACAGUCGCCGCAAGGAAUAACCAAAUUAAUUUUGACCCGUCGCAAAUGUCGUUGAAAGUUGCGACUCCGAUCGCGCAGCCGCUUACGCUAGCUCCCAAGAUCGUUCGAAGCGAUGUGCAACUCGAAGAAGGGUCGAGUCCCUUGGACAAUGUCGGAUACUGGUCUGGAUCUGUUGCGAUCGGAAAUCCCAUCGGCUCUGUGAGUGUGAGCUUACUCUUCGGCGAAGACGUUAUCGACACAUUGUUACUCGAUGCUGGAGUUGCUGGCUGGUAAAGCCUUUGGACAGCCUUUAGACAAUAUGUCGGAACCAUGCCUUCGCAUGAGGUAGUGAGAGGCUUGAAAGAAGAGUUACGUAGUAAGGCUCUUUGCAGAACUUACUCGCGCGUUACACGAGAAUGACUGUAAUACCGUUUCUAGUAAGGCUAGCCGUUAUCCAAUAGCUAUUUCGAGCGGUUUCUGCGCCAACCAUAUCGUCCUUCCUUAGAGAGCUUGUGCACGGCGGUGCAUAGUCUGACGAUAAUCGAUGAUCUAUAACUAGGUGGGUAUUGCUUCUUCUCGUGAACAGCACUUGCAGAAAUAUCAAGCCUGUCAAGAGUCAUGAUAGCAGACUGCCAAGUCAUCCUAGAGAAGUC